ACAGACGGAGAGAGCACCCACCCUGGUCGCUUCGUCUUUCUAACUCAAACCCUCCUUCACUCAGCGCCUCCAAAAAGGCAUUUCACCGCUCCAACAGCUGCUGGGCGGAGCUGUAUUUUAAGCGCAAAUUAAGCGAAAUAUUACCGCAAUUUUUUUCGGAGUUGACAAAGUAAAAGAAGCCAGGGGAGAGACAUGGCCACGACAACCUGUACGCGAUUCACAGACGAAUGUCAGCUAUACGAGGAGCUGGGGAAGGGAGCCUUUUCCGUGGUGCGCAGGUGUGUUAAGCUGUGUACAGGACAGGAGUAUGCUGCCAAAAUAAUCAACACCAAAAAGUUAUCUGCAAGAGAUCACCAGAAGCUGGAGAGAGAGGCUCGGAUCUGUCGCCUGUUGAAACACUCCAACAUCGUUCGUCUUCAUGACAGUAUAUCAGAGGAGGGUUUCCACUACCUCCUGUUUGACUUGGUGACCGGGGGUGAACUGUUUGAAGACAUCGUAGCCAGAGAGUAUUACAGCGAGGCCGACGCCAGUCAUUGCAUCCAGCAGAUCUUGGAGGCAGUGCUUCACUGCCAUCAAAUGGGCGUGGUGCACCGGGACCUGAAGCCAGAGAACCUGCUCCUAGCAAGCAAAUGUAAGAAUGCCGCAGUGAAGCUGGCUGACUUUGGCCUGGCCAUCGAGGUGCAGGGGGAUCAGCAGGCCUGGUUUGGGUUUGCUGGCACACCGGGGUACCUGUCCCCUGAGGUAUUGAGGAAGGAAGCAUAUGGCAAACCUGUGGACAUCUGGGCCUGUGGGGUGAUCCUCUACAUCCUGCUGGUGGGUUACCCUCCUUUCUGGGACGAGGACCAGCACAAGCUGUACCAGCAGAUCAAGGCUGGGGCUUAUGAUUUCCCUUCCCCAGAGUGGGACACAGUCACUCCAGAGGCCAAAAACCUGAUCAACCAGAUGCUGACCAUCAACCCAGCCAAGAGGAUCACUGCUCAGGAGGCCCUCAAGCACCCAUGGGUCUGCCAACGCUCCACUGUGGCGUCCAUGAUGCACAGACAGGAGACCGUGGAGUGCCUGAAGAAAUUCAAUGCCAGGAGGAAACUCAAGGGGGCCAUUCUUACCACCAUGCUGGUUUCUCGAAAUUUCUCUGUGGGCAGCAGGCAGACCACUCCAGCCUCUGUCACUGCGGCCGCAGCAGCGGUGGCUGCAGCCGCCGUCACCACCGGAGGGCUGGUGGAACAAGCAGCUAAGACCUUGCUUAACAAAAAGGCAGAUGUCAAGAAACGCAAGUCCAGCUCUACUGUCCAGUAUAUGCCCCAGACAAACAGCAUCAAAAACAGCAUAGUCACCAGCCCCAAAGGAAACACCCCUUCACCUGCUCUGGAACCUCAGACAACCGUCAUCCAUAAUCCACUGGACGGGAAAAAGGAAUCAUCAGACAGCAGCAACACCACUGUGGAGGAUGAAGAUGUGAAAGGAAAGAGCUUAGACAACAGCUCGCUUAAGGCGCAGUCCAGCACAAGCUCCCAGCCAGAUAGCUCUCAGGGCUCCUCACCUGCUGUGUACUCUGCCACAAAGUUUGCUGACCUGCUGGGGUCAGUGCGUAGGGGCUCAGGGCCCACAUCUGACGGGGAAGGGAGAUCCAGCACUCCACCUCCCGCUGCCCUCUCUGCCCCCUCCCCUCCACACACCCCUGUUGUCCCCAUGCAGAUGUCUCGGCUCACAGACCUGGUAAGCAGCGUUCGCAGGGUGCCGGUGGCCCCUGCACCCGAGGGUGACGCUGCACCGGUACCUAGCGCCAGGCCCACCCCUACACCUGCACACACCACCUCCCCACCUCCCCCUCACUCCCCUUCCCUGUCUUCCUCCCAGAGACGCAAACAAGAAAUAAUCAAGAUCACCGAGCAGCUGAUAGAGGCAAUCAACAAUGGAGACUUUGAAGCAUACGCGAAGAUCUGCGACCCUGGACUGACUUCAUUUGAACCGGAGGCGCUGGGCAACCUGGUAGAGGGCAUGGAUUUCCACAGAUUUUACUUUGAGAACCUUUUGGCUAAGAACAGCAAGCCCAUCCACACCACCAUCCUGAACCCUCACGUCCACAUGAUCGGCGAGGACGCAGCCUGCAUCGCUUACAUCCGCCUGACUCAGUUUGUUGACAACCAGGGUCGGCCGCGGUCCAGCCAGUCGGAGGAAACUCGCGUCUGGCAUCGCAGAGACAGCAAGUGGCAGAACAUCCACUUCCACUGCUCAGGAGCACCUGCUGCGCCACUCCAGUGAGGGAUGAAUGCCAUAGCUCUGUCCGUCAGGAGUGCUCUGCUGGAGAGAGAGAGAGAGAGAGAGGAAGAGGAGGAAGGGAUGAAAGAACAAGUCCAGUGUCGGUUUGGGGACAGGCCCCUCAACAACAACAACCCCCCCCCCCCCUCACUGGACCCCCGACCUCAACCCCCAGCAUGCAUCUCUUCUUUUACUACUACUGCCCCCUUUGUUUGUCACCUGUCCUACAACACAAUCUGACAACUAUCAAACAAACAGCUCGACGUCCUUCACCCCCUGCGGCUGCGUCUCCUUCCCUCCGACACUCUGGGUGGGGGGUGGGGUGGGGGGGGGGUGUGUUCAGCACUCGGUGUGAUGCCUUCUUCCUCUGGUCUCUUUUUUUGUGACACCAACCCUCUUGUGCUCCUGUGAAUCCACACUUAUGUGACAUAAACACUGCACUGGAAAUACAGUAUGUAAAGUUUUAAGUAAAAUCUAUUAUCAUUACUAUAUAUAUUAUUAUUAUUAUUAUUACUAUAUUAAUAUUAUUAUUAUUACACAUAAGCAACUGUAUAUGUAAUUUGUAUAAGUCAACAUUUCUGAUGCCAGUGGUUUCUAUAGUUGAAGGAAAUCUUUUUUUGUUUUUCUCUAUCUUGUUAAGGAAGCAUGUUUUUCCCCCAUAUUAACAGUGGCUGUUUUUUAUUGUGGCUCUUAAGUGGAAAAUUAUAUUGCCAUUUUUUGUCAGUUGCUUCUUGUACGUUAGCUAUAAUUCUGCGCCCAAACUCAUGGACAACAUGUUUUUGUUUGUUCGAUUUCUUUUGGGGAUUUCUUUUCUUCUUUUUGGAAGGGGUAUGUCUGAUGGUGUGAAUGUAGAGACUGAGUCUUUAUGUAUGUGUGACUGUGGUAAUGUGAGCCAGACACAUAGUGCUAACUCAAACAUAAUGCCUCUGUACAGAAUGAGGAACCUGGUGUUUUCUAUUGCUGCAAUGUGAACGGCCGGAGAAGAAACGGCACGCAAUAGGAGUUUUACCGUGAAUUCCCUUUUCCAUCUCCAUGUGUAACGCUGUAAAGGUAAAAAGCCCUGAGCUCUCGCACGCUGAAUGGUGAGGUCUAAAAGAAACUAGAUUUGUUUCUCUUAGCAAAUAUGUUCCCUUCCUUGUUUUAGUAUUGCUGCCACCAUGAGGAAAACAAAUCUGUUUCUCAUUACAAUGAGACCAUUUCCUUGAUACAACAAGAUACUUAAUGUUGGAGAUGACAUACAGACUUAUUUGGUAACAACUUUAUAACAACGACCCCUUUUCAAAUGAUCUGAAAUAAGUUGGUGCUCAGAAUAAUUAUUCUGAUGUUGUAACAAGAAAAGCAUCCGGUUCAAACAGGAACUAUCAUCACCAAUAUUAGUAUUAGAUUCUGCUUUGAUUGAGCACAGACGUGUACAUAGAAGCAUACGUUAAGAACAAUUAUUAAACAUGCAGGGCUAAACAAAAGAAAGAGGUCGCAUCAUUGUCUUAAAUGAAGUGGAGGGGCACGAAAGACUGCCUGGUUACAGACCUGCAUUAUAAGUCCUGGACUAGGCUGAUCUUUGACCAGAGAAACAUCAAAACGUUUAACUGGACACUAAAACAUUUAAAUAAUAUAGUUUUGCUCUUCAAAAAAAGGACGUGGCAUUGUUAAAAUACACAAAUCACCGCUGUAGUAUAAGGAAUUAUCCAUCAAUCAACUGAUAAUGAAUUAUAAAAAGUUUAAAUGACUAAAUACAUCAAUGUUUUGUUUAUGUAUUGUGUCUCCUACCAAGACUCAGUACAACUCAUUAACAGAUGAGACUACAAAAAUAAAUGUUAUUGUCUCAAGUAAAAUAUCUCAUACUGUACUGAGCACUAUUUACUCGUCACAUGCGGCCUUUUCUCACAAUAAUUCAGACAAAUCUUUCGGCUUGUAUUAAAAACAAAGUGCUCGGAGAUGGAUGCGCUGUUGGCAGCUCCUGCUGUUGCUAGGUGACAGCUUAACUACCCGCUUGAAGCUCAAAAGCGAUUUUCUUAAAAGUUGUGAUAUUUUUAACUCACUAAAAUAUUGGUGCUUUGUGGAAAUACAACAGCGGGUCCAAACAAAAAGGCAAACGAGAGGUCGGUGCUCUAAAGACGGUAUGAUGUUUCCACAAAGCCACACUUACAUACUCGUAUCAGUCAUUAAGAAUCAACGCUGUGUAAGCGUGAAGCCUCUACAAGUGUGAGGAGUUUUCUCCCAUACCAUUCAUAAACUUCUCUCUUCUGGUUCCUCAUUUCAGGGCAGUCCUUUGCCACAGGGUGCAAGAUGUGUGUGUGUGUGUGUGUGUGUGUGUGUGUGUGUGUGUGUCUGCAAGCAUGUAAAGUACACAUCUCAGUGUGUAUUAUUUAGAGGAAAUAUUAGAAGUGUGUGUUGUGUGAGAGAUGGAAAGAGAAGGCUUUAUUUCGGAGGACAUAUCAGUCCCCUUGCCUUCAGCCCAGGACUUAAAGAAAAUGUAUUUUAUGUUCUUUUUUUCAUGUAUUAUCAUCUUUAUAUGACAUUAAGUGCUUGUUUGUGCCAGGGGUGGCAGGAUUAAUCCGAUGGACUUUGCAGCACUGAAAACUGUUUUUGUUGGGAUUUGACUUCGAUCAGCUCGUCUGUACUUUGCUUGUCCACCAUUGGCUGCCUUCACAUUUGUCUCGCCCCUAUUGGUCAGACCAAGAUAUUAAAGAGACCGGGCAGUCGGUUUGGUGAAUAGUCCUCAGGUUUCUAUUUAUUUUGAAUAUUUAUUUAUUUUAGUGGAUAUUUUUAUUGUGCUUUUCUUUUCUUUUGCCUAUUGCCUAUCCCUUGUUUAAAGGGACACUGCUCCAUGUAAAACAGGACUGUUUUUAAAGGGAUAGUACACCCAAUUUGCAUCCUGCAUGUGUUUUUCUGUAACGACCAACGUGGUGUUCAUUACUUUUUCUUUUCCUGCUAUUUUUCUUCUGUUGAACUUUGUUGAAGUUGUUUUCAACAUUAUUUUUUGCAGUUUUAUGGUGUCCAUCGUUGUCUUCCACUUAGGUCAUUACUACUUUGCCAGAGUGGGACAUCUAUCUCUUUAAAUCUCAAAUAAUACAGGAUUGUAUUUUGAGGGAACUGUCCCUCCAAAGGCUUCAUCGCCUUUAUAUAAGGUGAUGAAGGUUGUUUUUUAUCAAGGUGAAGCGCUGAGACGUUGUAUAAUCGUGUCUCAUCCAGUGUUAAUGCCUCGUUGACCCUGUUCUAAUACUAAAAGGUCAAAGGUAACCUGAAGAUGUUUAAUGCGAGAUCGUGCUAACCAGACAUGUCCAAAAAACAUAGCAGCAUGUACAGUACAAAUGUGUUGUUCUUCUGUUCUUCAUAGUGUGUUUACUAGAAUUGAAAAUCAAUAUAAUAGGAUUCACAUAUUUAAAAUGAGGGAUUACACAGUAAUACACAACUGCAACUAACUAGCAUUGUAGCUGGCAUUUUCUUUGCAUGACCGUCAACGAGACACUUGUUUUUUUGGUGUUUUGCUUUUUAUUUGGUUUCUCAUUUUCUACUGAAUGCUGGUAUACUCGACCUUUCUCUGUCUAUUUUCUCAGCUUUUUAAGUGCAUAUAACUAUUUUUAUCUCAAGAUGAUUCAAUGAAGAUGAUGAUAUUAAUGACUGUGGCACUAUGAGGAUGUUGACGGUGACGAUGAUGAUGUGAUAAAGAAUAUCUUGCAUGCUUUUC